UCUUGUGCCUGGAUGAUGGUUCCCUGGUUUGUUCCGAUUAUGAUUAGUAAAGAAGAUGGAAACAUAGGCAUUUGUGGGUGAUUUUUAGCUGAACGGUUGUAACCUAUUAAUUUUCUUUUAAGUGAGUUAAGUUUCAUCAGAAUGAAUCGACCAAAGCCUACAACAAUUAGGCGGCCAAGCAGUGCUGCAAAGUCUUCAGGGCACCCACCACCUGGCGAUUUUAUAGCACUGGGUUCCAAAAGCCAGGCUCCAGAACCAAAAGCUACAACAGCUCUUUUGAAACCUGCGUCAGCAAGCUUACCUCCUGAUCGUAAAAGAGAAGCUCCUACAGCUCUCCCACCGCCAUCUGGUCUUUCAGGACUCACAAAACGACCAAAACUUUCCUCUACGCCUCCACUGAGUGCCUUAGGCAGGUUAGCAGAUGUUGCAACAGCAGAUAAACGUGCAAUUUCCCCCUCUAUUAAGGAGCCUUCUGUAGUACCAAUUGAAGUUCCUCCUGCAAUUCUUCUUGAUGAAGUUGAAGCUGCAGAAUUAGAAGGUAACGAUGACCGUAUUGAAGGUGUGCUAUGUGGGGCAGUAAAGCAGCUGAAGAUGAACCGUGCAAAACCAGAUAUUACUUUGUACCUCAGCUUGAUGUUUCUUGCUAAAAUUAAACCCAAUGUUUUUGCUACAGAAGGAGUGAUUGAGGCCUUGUGCAGUUUGUUGCGACGGGAUGCAUCCAUCAAUUUUAAAGCUAAGGGGAACAAUCUUGUUUCAGUGUUGGCUUGUAAUCUAUUAAUGGCUGCCUAUGAGGAAGAUGAAAACUGGCCAGAAAUCUUUGUAAAGGUUUACAUUGAAGACUCUCUUGGUGAGCGGAUUUGGGUUGAUAGCCCACACUGUAAAAACUUUGUUGAUAACAUACAGACUGCAUUUUGUACAAAGAUGCCUCCCAAAAGCAUGCUGUUACAGACGGAUACUGGCCGAUCUGGUGGCGACCUUAGUGCAGGAAGUAGUCCCCACCCUUCAACUCCUGAUGAUGAUGACAACCAAGCUGAACUACUCAUUGCUGAGGAAAAACUUAGCCCUGAAGAAGAAGGGACAGUCAUGCCCAGGUAUGAAGAGUUAGCAGAAAGUGUAGAAGAUUAUGUUUUGGAUGUCUUGCGAGAUCAGUUAAAUCGCAGACAGCCAAUGGAUAAUGUAUCCCGUAAUUUAUUAAGACUGCUGACAGCUACAUGCGGGUACAAGGAGGUUCGACUCAUGGCUGUUCAACGGCUAGAGAUGUGGCUGCAAAAUCCCAAGCUGACUCGUCCAGCACAGGAUUUGCUUAUGUCUCUUUGCAUGAACUGUAACACCCACGGGACCGAAGACAUGGAAGUUUCUUCAAACCUUAUUAAAAUCCGACUGAAGCCUAAAGUCCUAUUAAAUCAUUACAUGCUAUGUGUCAGGGAGCUUCUAAGUGCACACAAGGACAAUCUUGGGACAAUGGUGAAAUUUGUGAUUUUUAAUGAGCUAUCAAGUGCAAGAAAUCCAAAUAACAUGCAAGUUCUUCAUACAAUUCUAUUGCACAGUCCUGAACAUGCUCCUAAGUACCUUGCAAUGGUUUUUCAAGAUUUGCUGACCAACAAAGAAGAUUAUCUGCGAGCUUCUCGAGCUCUUCUAAGAGAAAUAAUUAAGCAGACUAAGCAUGAGAUCAAUUUUCAGUCGUUUUGUCUUGGAUUAAUGCAAGAGAGAAAAGAACCAUCCUAUAUAGACAUGGAGUUUAAAGAACGUUUUGUAAUCCAAAUAACAGAUCUUCUAACAGUGUCCAUGAUGUUGGGAAUCACAGCUCAAGUAAAAGAAUCUGGAAUUGCCUGGGAUAAAGGAGAGAAAAAAAAUCUGGAAGUACUGCGUUCAUUUCAGAACCAGAUUGCUGCUAUCCAGCGUGAUGCUGUUUGGUGGCUUCAUACUGUUGUACCCACCAUCAGUAAAGUUGGCCCCAAGGAUUACGUUCACUGCCUUCACAAGGUACUAUUUACUGAGCAGCCUGAAACAUAUUAUAAAUGGGAUAACUGGCCUCCAGAGAGUGACCGAAACUUUUUUCUUCGCUUAUGCUCAGAAGUCCCUCUCCUUGAAGAUACACUUAUGCGCAUUUUGGUCAUUGGCUUGUCACGUGACCUACCACUUGGGCCUGCCGAUGCUAUGGAACUUGCUGAUCAUCUAGUAAAGCGGGCAGCUGGUGUACAGUCUGAUGAUCUAGAAGUUCUGAAGGUUGAACGGAUUCAGCUGAUUGAUGCAGUUCUUAACCUUUGCACCUAUCAUCAUCCCGAAAACAUCCAGCUUCCCCCAGGAUACCAGCCACCUAAUCUUGCAAUCUCUACUCUCUACUGGAAAGCCUGGCUUCUCUUACUAGUUGUUGCUGCAUUCAACCCACAAAAUAUUGGCCUUGCAGCAUGGGAUGGUUACCCGACUUUAAAAAUGUUGAUGGAGAUGGUAAUGACAAACAACUACUCAUACCCUCCUUGUACAGUGGCAGAUGAGGAGACUAAAACAGAAAUGAUUAAUCGAGAGUUACAGAUCUCUCAAAGAGAAAAGCAGGAAAUUCUUGCUUUCGAAAGUCAUCUUGCAGCUGCCUCAACAAAGCAAACAAUUACAGAAAACAAUAGUCUGCUGCUGUCACAGCUAACCAGCCUUGAUCCACAGGGUCCUCCACGCAGACCACCUCCUCACAUACAAGAACAGGUAAAGAGUUUAAACCAGUCUUUAAGGCUUGGACAUCUUCUCUGCCGGAGCCGCAGUCCAGACUUUCUUCUCAACAUCAUUCAGAGACAGGCCUCAUCACAGUCAAUGCCCUGGUUGGCUGAUCUCGUCCAGUCAAGUGAGGGAUCUUUGGAUGUUCUUCCUGUGCAGUGUCUGUGUGAAUUUCUGCUGCAUGAUGCAGCGGAUGACACUUCAUCAGUUGAGGAGGAUGAAGAGGGAGAAAGCAAAGAACAACGAGCCAAAAAGCGCCAGAGACUUCAAAAGCAAAGACAGCUCCUCGGUCGCUUACAAGACCUGCUUUUGGGUCCCAAAGCAGAUGAACAGACGACAUGUGAAGUUCUUGACUACUUUCUGCGUCGUUUAAGUUCUUCACAGGUUGCCUCAAGAGUCCUUGCAAUGAAGGGUUUGUCUUUAGUGCUUACAGAGGGUGCAUUGCGAGAUGGUGAGGACCGAGACCAUCUAAUGGAAGAUGAUUCUAGAGACUCAGAGUUGCUUCCACGUUAUCAGUGGCUACUACAGGACUUGCCAAAACUCCCCCUUUUUGACAACAUUAGAGGAAUGACUUCAGCAGCAUUGCAGCAGGCUAUUCACAUGGAAACAGAUCCACAGACUAUUAGUGCAUAUCUGAUAUAUCUGUCUCAGCAUGCUCCAAUACAGGAACAAACACUUCAUAAUGAUCUUGCUUUGGAUGUAGCCCGUCUGAUUGUGGAACGUUCAACCAUCAUGUCUCAUCUUUUUUCAAAAAAUUCUUUUCGACCAGAGUCGGAUGCCGUGCUCAUUGCUCUCAUUUCAAUCUUUUCUAAAUACAUUAAGAGAAUGAGAAAAACUAAAGAGGGAGAAGAUUUAUACAGCUGGUCUGAAUCUCAAGACCAGGUCUUCCUACGCUGGAUAACAGGCGAGACUGCCACCAUGCACAUUCUUGUAGUCCAUGCCAUGGUUAUUUUGCUGACUCUGGGUCCACCUAAGGGUGAAAGUGAUUUUUUCAGUCUUCUUGACAUUUGGUUUCCAGAGAAGAAACCUCUGCCUACUGCUUUCUUGGUUGAUACUUCUGAGGAGGCCUUGUUACUUCCUGAUUGGCUGAAACUUAGAAUGAUCCGUUCAGAGGUUUCACGUUUAGUUGAUGCAGCACUGCAAGAUCUUGAGCCUCAACAGCUGUUGCUCUUUGUUCAGUCUUUUGGUAUCCCAGUCUCUAGCAUGAGCAAACUAUUACAGUACUUGGAUCAAGCUGUAUCUCAUGACCCACAGACUCUGGAACAGAAUAUAAUGGAUAAAAAUUACAUGGCACAUCUUGUUGAAGUGCAACAUGAGAGAGGAGCAACUGGUGGACACACUUUCCAUACACUAUUGAGUGCUUCUCUGAAUUCCCGCAGAGAAAGUGCAGACGUCAGUCGAGCAAAGAUAAAAGUUGAACCACCCCAGGGUCCUUUAAGGGUUCGAGCUUCAAAUCAAAUUCCUGUCAUUGGACCAGAUGAUGACCUUGCAAAUAUGUUUCUUCAGUUGUUUCCACUAAAUUCUGAUCCACGGUGGCAGAGCUCCAACCCUCGACAGGUCUCAUUGUCCCUUCAGCAAGCUCUCGCCCAAGAACUGGCCCGUAUAAGGCAAGGAAAUGCUCAGGUUACUGGAAUUGCUGUUCGUCUUCUUCAGGCCAUUGGAGCACUCCUCAACUCUCCACAUGGUGGAGCACUUGUAAUAGCCAUGCAUCGAAAUCAUGUCAUGUCCUGCCCAUUGAUGCGUCAGCUCUAUCAGUAUCAGCGUUGUGUUCCGCAAGACAUGGCUUUCUCUUCCCUGUUUUUUAAGGCUAUCAUGCAAAUGUUGUCCUGGUUGGAAAAUCCUGUCUCUGAAGCAGGACCACUUCGUACCAUGCUCAAAGCAUUUGCUGCCCAGUACUCCCUUAAACAUCGGCUCAGUGAUGUUCGCAGUGGAUUCCUCCAUCUAGCAGAAACUCUCCUGUAUCGCAGGGACUCUGAUGUUGCAGUGCGGAAUAUUAUUGCAUCUCUCAAAUCUGGAGAAAGGUGCAAUGCUGAGCCAGAGUUAAUUGGGAAAGUUUUACAUGGUCUCAUUGAGGCAAAGUCUCCAUAUGUGGAGGAACUUCUGUCCCUCCUGCUUACCAUUGGCAUGGAAACACAGUUGAAGCACCCAGUUACCAUGGUAAAUUCUUUUCUUCUUCAAGAAGGUGAAGAUGUUCAUUGCAAAGUGGAGACUGAUUCUAACAGCGUUGAACUCUCAAAGAUGGUAUCUGCAUCUGGACUCUUUAUAGACUGGUUGGAGCUUCUUGAUCCUGAAGUGGCAUCUCUCUGCCCUGAAAUGCAACUUCGUCUCCUUUUUGCAUGGAGUAAGGGCAAAGGUAAUAUGCAAUCUUACAGACCCUACCUUUUGGCACUUUUGACACAUCAGUCCAACUGGAGUACCUUACACCAGUGCAUUAGGAUUUUGCUUAGUAAGCAACGUGAGCUCAGGCUUGACCCAUCAUCAUCCUUGGAUUUUCUUUGGGCGUGUAUUCACAUUCCACGUAUUUGGCAAGGCCGCGACCAGAAGACUCCACAGAAAAGAACAGAGGAGUUUGUUUUGCGUCUCAAGCCUCCAGAGUUGAUCAGCCUUGUAGAUCUUAUCUUACUGGAGUCUGAAAUGAGUGACAGUAGUCCUUCAAUAAGCAAGAAGACACUAGAUGAGACUUCCUGUUCAUUGAUACAGUCUCGACUACCAUUACUUCAUAGCUGUUACCAUGGAGAUCUGGAGAGUGUCAAGAAAGUAUCUGAAUAUUUGAUAAGCUGCAUCAAGAAAUGGGGAGACAGUAUAAUGAGCAAGCGAUGCCAGAACCUCCUGCUGCAGAUAUAUCUACAGGUACCAAAGGUGAUCCAGCAUAUAACCCUUCCAGAUGCCAUACUUAAUAGUGAAGGCGCAGCAGAAGGCAGCAUCUGUAAGCUGGAUGUUUUGGUACAUCGCUUAUUUACAUUACUUGCAGACACUGGAGACUCGAAGUCAGCAGAAAAUCGAAUGUCCGAUGCCAAUAUGGCUUGCAGAAAAUUAGCUGUGGCACAUCCUGUUCUCCUCCUGAGACAUCUGCCAAUGGUGGCUGCUCUUCUACAUGGCCGCGUUCACUUGAACUUCCAGGAAUUCAAACAGCAAAAUCACUUAGCCUUUUUUACUCAUGUUUUGGCCAUUCUGGAACUGUUGCAACCAGUUGUGUUCCAUACUGAACAUCAAGGAGCACUUCAGGACUGCUUGUUGUCUUUUAUGCAGGUCCUUCAGAACUUCAGGAAGUGCUCUCGUCUGCUUGCCACUUUUAUUAGUAAAUUUGUCCAGUUUAUUCAUAAAUAUAUUACUCAGGAUGCUAGUACUGCUGUUCCAUACCUUCAAAAGCACUCAGACAUCUUUCUAGGUUUGUCUUCAGAAAACCCGGACCUCAUGCAGCUGAAAUCUCUUCUUGCUGUCCUUACUCUCCCUGUGAAAAGUGGACCUACAGACAACAAUAUGGAGGACAGAGAAGAGGAGUCAACCACGGGAUCCUUGCCUUUGGUCAGCAUAUCUGCUUCCGCUUCGUUAACAGCAUCAGAUGUGACAAAGUACUUAAAAAAUAUUUCCACGAAUGAAUCACUGGAAGGUACACUAGAGGUCCUUACUGAUGUUGAUGAGAAAUCAAAGCGAAGCCCUGAAAUUUUACCCUACUUUAUGAAUGAUCUACAAAGACUGAUGGCCUCCCCAGAGGAGCUGUGUCGCAACAUGGCAUUCAGCCUGGCCCUACGAUGUAUCCAAAACAGUCCAUGCAUGGCUGCCGACUUCCUGCCAACAUUUAUGUACUGCAUGGGAAGUACUAACUUUGAUGUUGUACAGACAGCUCUGAGGCAUCUUCCAGACUACACCCUUCUUUGUCAAGAACAUGCAAGUAUUUUGCUGCACAAAGCUUUCCUUGUUGGGAUCUAUGGACAGAUCGAUACAAGUGGUAUGAUCUCGGAAGCCAUGAAAGUCCUUCAUAUGGAAGCAACCACAUGAACCACUGUGGUCGACUGGAUUCAUGUAGUUAAUUGUUAAAGUAUUCCAUUGUAUAUUUUUAUAUAUAGUCUGAUAAUAGUUGCUUAAGUGUGGGUUGAGAAGAUUUUACUAUCAAUAAUGACUUUUUUUUGUACUGGAAACCUUUUGCCAUGAGUACAACCCAGAGUAAUGCUGAAGCAGAGUUACUCCAAAAGAGGAUUUUGCCUUUAAACAAAUAAUGUUUUGUACAUAAUUUUACUCAAUUAAACUACUUUCUUCUGU